UCAGAAUGCGAUUACUUCUUGCAUAAGAGGCUCACCCGAAUCACCCUUUGACCUUGCUUUAUUCCCCACCGUACGAGUCAACUUAUACAUGCGACGCGUGCGGUGAGUAUGGAUCCGGAUUCAAUUACAACUGCUCUACCUGCCAGUACGAUGUUCAUGUCGGGUGUGUGUCCAUGCCUGAGUCUGUGGAGCGUGAAGGACACGCGCAUCCGCUCUCAUUGCUCUACCGUUCUCCUUACCAGAACGGUUUGAUCUUUAAUUGUGAUGUUUGUCAAGAAACUGUACCGGAUAACCUCUGGUCUUAUUACUGCAAGGAAUGUGAUUAUGGCACGCAUUUACAUUCUUGCGCGGUAGAGGAGGAAGAAGAGGAAGAAGAGCCAAAAAGAGGAGGAGGAAGCACAAACAACGGUGGAAAUAAAGGAUCAGGAAGGGGGUCAGCGGCUUCGGAGUUAGCAGCAAUGUUGGAAGCACAAAGGGAGAUGGAGAGGAUGCAGAUAGAGUUACAUAUGGAGAUGCAAAGAGCUAAAAUAGCGAAGAAAGCGAGAAAGGCUUGUCUCAAAUUGAUCUAAUUAAUUAAAAAAAAGUUAAGGUUUAUCUUAUAAAUAAAAAAAAAACUUGUACUGAUCAUAUGAGAUACGUCGUUUCUCUCGAGCUAUCUCUUCAGGAUUUGUUGAUGCUUUAAAAACUCGUUUAAUUGUUUCUUGUGGAUUUGGACGUUCUUUGUUUUUUUUCAUUGAAUUCUUGCAAGCUUUCAUGUUUUGUUAUUAUGUAUUUCCUUUGAAUAAAAAAAAGCCUUUUCACUUUA